CAAUGAGUUAAUAGGAAACAUUGUAAAUGUUAACAAACGAAAACUAAUCAAAUCUGUAAAACCGACCUUAAUCUGCAAAAAAUUCAUCAUAACCUACCCAAUAAAAAUAAAUGAGACCACAAACUGCAAAGCUAGAAUAGCAAAAUCAAAAUAUUUUUUCGGCAACCUUAUAAAAAAAAGAAAUCACCAAGGAUAAAUCUCACCCCUUCUUCCAAUAAACCAGAGUUAAUGAUUGUGCCUGUGUCAAAGUGGAAAAUGGAGUUCCAAAAGCUGUCCCAUUUUUUUCAAAGCCACAAAAAACAUUUGCAGAAUAGAUGGUUAAAAUGGGAGUUAAAGAAAGUUUAUCCUAGUAAUCAGUUUUUUAAUCUUUAGAGAACAAUAUAAAUUAUAGUAACCUGUUUUCGCUACUAGUCGAAGCAAACCAUUAUGUAGAUAUAAUCCAAAUGCAUAAAGAAAUAUUUUAUUAUCUCCAAGUUACAAGACUCCAAAAUCAAAUGCUUCAUCAAUUCAAUUUGGAACAGAAAAGAUUCAGUAUAAAACUAGCAGUACCUAUGGAAAUCAUGCAAAUGUAGGAUUUACAACUAACCCGUUAGUUUUGGCAUAAAAAACUAAAGAUCUUCAGAAAAAUAUUUAAAAGUGA